GGCGUGGGAAGGAGGCGUGAGAAGAAGGCGUGAGAAAGAUGAUUGCUCGAGCUCUUGCACAUGCGUCGUGACUCGUGAAGCUUCAGUGCGUGUCAUAGCAACCGGAGAGAACAACAUGGUGAGUUGUUUAGCUGCUAAAAUGCUAUCAGUGACUUGCUAGCUAAAAAUAUACUUUUUCACAAUUUUGUUUUCACCCAAUCAAUGUUAACGUUUUAGCUAUAGUACUGAUUAAAUGUUUGCUAGCUACAGUCAUAAAAGUAUGGAGAAAAAAAUGUAUGCACUAACUAACUGUAAGUCGCUCUGGAUAAGAGCGUCUGCCAAAUGACUAAAAUGUAAAAUGUAAAUAAACACGAACGACUCACGAAUCUCAGCCCCAUCUAACGCGUUAACUUUAGCUAGCUGAACGACGUUAGCUAACGUUAACCUGGGAAAGGGCUAUAAGGACACGCCUGACGCCCAAACCGAUAUUUCCUUUCAGAAUGUAUCAAGAUUAGGUAAGGGUUAGGGUUAAGGGUUUGGUUAAGUUUAGGUUCAGUGUUCGGUUUUUAGGUUUAAGCGUCAGCUGUGUCCAUAUAUAGUCUCUCCCAACCUGUCUGCUAGGAACUAGGAAAUAGAUCAACUCGUGCUAAAAUGUGAAGAUGGCUAGCCAGCUACUGCUAACGUUAGCUAGCUUGCUACCUAACGUUAGCUACAGACACUCUAAACUAACGUUAGCCUGCUAUGUUCUGUUUACGUUAGCUUUGCUAUGCUCUGAAUGAUUGAUUUGUGCAUGAUGAAAGUAUCUAAAUGACAGCUGCUUGUCAGUGGCUAGCUAGCUAGCUAACAUGUAUAACAUGAAAAUAAGCUAGGCAUAACGCUGUUAUAAACGUAUUUUAUGCAAAGGCCAGUCAUAGCUGCAACAGUAUAGCUACACGAUUAGCUAAUGGAUUUGCAUGACUACUGACUGAGAUUUUAUCAGUUGAACUAAAAGUUUGUAUUAUUGUGUCACAGGCAAAACCAACAACCAUAAAAGAAGCCCUUGUCAAAUGGGUAAGUGCAUCAGAGCUCUCGCUUAGCCUGGUCCCAGAUCAGUUCUGUUUGGGCUGUUUUGUCAACUCUCAUGGCAAUGGCCAUAGGAUUUGGCAUUACAGCACAAACAGAUCUUGGACCAGUCUAGCUCUCUCCUACAUUAAAAAGGAGAACAGCCACUGACAUUUGUUGGCGACCUUGUGUGAUUUCAACAGGAGGAGAAGGCAGGAGAGAAGGUGGGGGAGGCGAAAGCAGUAAAGCUGUAUGGUCAGAUUCCUCCUAUUGAGAAGAUGGAUGCUUCUCUCUCCACCCUCAUCAACUGCGAGUGAGUGAAACCUUAUCCCUCUUAAGUCUGAAACCUAAUUUCAUAGUACAAAGAUAGUAAUUCAAUAUGGGAAUAUCUGGGGCUCUUUUCAUUUAUACAUCUGAUUCUCCUCUGUUAAACUUUAUCCAGCUUCCAUCUGAAACCUCAUUUCAUAGAACAAGGGUGGUCACACUCACACACACUCUAUAAAUAAGAAUGUUAGGCUGCUGAUCUUUUCUUCUAUAAAUCUGAUUAUCCACUCAUCUUCCUGUCACUGUGUUCUUCUGAACAGAAAAUUGUCCCUGUCUACAAACUGCAUUGAGAAAAUUGCCAACUUGAAUGGCCUCAGUGAGUAUGCAUCACACUAAUGUGUCUUCAUGGAAACAACACUUCACCUAUGGCCUUUAAUGUAAACAGAGAGAUAAAAACGUGUCUCUGAAAGGUGUAAUAAUUUAAAAAGCUGAGGUGUGAUGCCUUUUCUCUAUCUCACAGAAAACCUACGGAUAUUAUCACUGGGACGGAACAACAUCAAGAAUCUAAACGGACUGGUGAUUAUGGCAAUUUUGUGAUAUAGUAUAUUAGUUGUUACUAUGUUGUAAUCUUGGCCCAAGAAUGUUCUUGCAUAGGAUAAGAAAUGUAAAUGUUUACUCAGCUUGUCCUGUCUGUCUCUGCAGGAAGCUGUUGGUGACACGCUAGAAGAACUCUGGAUUUCCUACAACCUGAUAGAGAAGCUCAAAGGAAUUCAUGUUAUGAAGAAGCUCAAGGUUCUCUACAUGUCGAACAACCUGGUCAAGGAGUGGGGUAAGCAAUGAUUUAAUUUCCAUGGGCAAAGAAUGUGCCAUGUUGCCAUAGUCAUGGAACACUGGUCACUUUAAUAAUGUUUACAUACUAUUUAUAUAUCUACUGCUGUACUAAAUUUGUGAUUAUGUUUUAAAAUUGUUAUUAUUGUGUGUGUGUGUUGAUAUUUAUUGCAUUGAUCGAUAGGAACUAGGAACAUAAGCAUUUCGCAGCACCCGCCAUAACACCUGCUAAACUGUGUACACGACCAAUAAAAUGUGAUUUGAUUUUGAUGUUAGCUACACUACACUAUGUUUGUGGUUGCAUGCACAGUCACUUCCGUGUCUGUGUUGUGGAGAAAAUGCCCCACCUCAGUGAAUUGUACCAUGGGAAUAACAGUGGUAAUUACAAUGGUAAUAUCCUCAUUAUGAUGCCUGCCUCAUGAAUAUAGUCAAUUCUGAUAACAUGUUUAAUGGUCGCCAUUACAACUGUGGUUUUCCAUUACAGCUGAGUUUCUGAAGCUAGCUGACCUUCCAUCCCUAGUGGACAUGGUGUUUGUGGGAAACCCUCUGGAGGAGAAAUACUCAGCUGAGGGGAACUGGAUAGAAGAGGCCACCAAGAGGCUGCCCAAGCUGAAGAAACUAGAUGGUAAGACAGUCCACAUCCUAUUUGUUUUCUCUAAUAGGAUGUAAUAUUCCUAGGACUGUAUUGAUGUCAUCCUAAGCUACUUACAUACUAUCGGGCUGAUCCAAACUACACUAUUUUGAGCAGAUCUUCAGAUAGUGUGGCUCAGUAUAGAACAGCCUGCUGUCAUUUCACAUUGCUUAUUUCAGUCGUUUUUGCUAUUGAUGUGUCAACAAUCCUAACAGCUUUGGUCUCCAUCUCUCUCCUCUUUAGGGAACCCAGUGAUCAAGGCGGAUGAUGACGACGAGGGAGACAGUUAACACAUUACAUUUCAUCUCUUACAGUUUACAGGUUGUUGUUUUUAGAAUGUUUUUAUUGAAAUGGUUUCUAUACCAGCAUCAUUGAGAAUCAAUCCACCAGGCAAUAUCCUAUUAUCAUUUUUUUCUCUCUUUUUAGAUGUUGAAUAAGCUAAUUCCACUGGUUGGGAGAUGACCUCUCAUAGAAGCACAUUGCUGAUACUUUUACGUCUCAAUAGAUGUCAUGAAAUAAAAAGUAAUACGAAAGAGGCAGUACAGUUACAACGUUUGAUGUCAUGUAUGUAUGUCACUGUAUGAAACAGCCUCCUCUGGGGUAACUACACAAACAUUCUAAAAGGUACAAGUUACAUUCCCAUUGGUCUUGUCCACCAGCCGGCUCUCUAGCCUGGGGACAACGUUACAUUCCCAUUCGUGAGCGAGAUAUUUUGUAUUUAUUUUUAAGCAACCAACCAAGGCAGGCUAUGUGCCUGUUGAUGCCCUACUCCAAAAAAUACAUUUAAAUUUUUCUAUGGGUGCUGAUGGUCUUAUUUUCACAUGAUUCCUGACUCACACUCGGCUUGCGUGCAUAAAGGACGUACGUUUCAGACCUGUUUGCAGCCAUGAAGGAGGAAUAUGAGGUUGCACACAAAACGGGGUGAAGUCCAGGGGAGAACAAUUUGAAGUGUUUUCUGGGCAUGAAUGAAUACUGUAUUUUAAAAAGAUGGAAGAAUAACUAAAUCUAUAUAUAUAUAGCUCUAGUCUUAGCUAAUAGUACAUGAAUGUUUUGUAAAGUGAUUUUUUUUCUUAUAUUUGUAAAUUAUUAGGCAUGUUUGUAUAAAAUGAAUACAUACUGAGAUGUUUAUGAUUUUUUUAAAUGACAUUUUAAAUGUUGAAAUUUGGUAUGUU